UCCCACCUCCUCCCGCAGCAGGGAUCGAGUGUCGAGGCUGGGGCGAGCCUUUCUAAAGCACUUGCAAUUCCAUAAGAGUCGACCUAUGGCUGCACUGGCCUCUCUCACUCACCGUUUGUCGUCGAGCGAGAAUCCGAGGAAAGGUUUGACCCUUUUGGACAAGUCUUGCAGCAUGCCCGCCAUUGUGCCUCGACUACCACGAUCCAGAUCCAACCACCACAGGCAACAAAGCAGCACCUCCGGAAGCACCUCAUCACUUGGGUCAGAGCCGAGUAAAUCUCUGCCCAGAAUCACGAGAUCUCAGUACAAUAUUCGAUGCCCGAAUGCGGGAUCAGAUGCUGAUUCCAUGUCCCGCAUCUCUCUCUACCUGGAAGAACGACGACUUAUCCUCAACGCUGCAAGGGAAGGACAAUUGGUAGAUCUCACACCAGACGAUACUCCUCCCAGAAGGGUGGAGUUCUAUCGAAGGAGAAGUCCCUCACCCAAACCUAAGAAUGAUCCAUACGGAAGAAGAUUACCUCUCACCCCUCAAGAAGCCUUGACCUAUUACGCAGGCCGCUUAAAUAAAUAUGAGCGAGCAGAAGUGGCUCAGUACCCUCAAGUGUGGUACCUAGGACUGGAUGCGAGCAAGAUAGAGGGGGAGCUAAGGGGAGCCCAGAACUGUGGAUACGAUGAUGACAAUGGAUCUUAUAUUAAGGUGCUACACGACCACAUAGCUUACAGGUAUGAAAUUCUGGAAGUAAUCGGCAAGGGAUCUUUCGGACAAGUAAUACGAGCACUGGAUCACAGGACGGACCAGCAAGUGGCAUUGAAAAUAAUUAGGAACAAGAAAAGGUUUCAUCAGCAAGCACUGGUAGAAGUCAAGAUAUUGGAACAGGUGACAAAGAAGGACAGAGACGGAUUUUUCAAUGUUAUUCACAUGCUGGAUCAUUUUUACUUCAGGAACCACCUCUGCAUCACUUUUGAACUCAUGGGGUGCAAUUUAUACGAGUUAAUCAAAAAGAAUCAGUACCAAGGAUUCAGUUUAGGGCUGAUCCGAAGAUUUGCAUUCUCCUUAGUCCAGUGCCUCCGACUCCUUCACCGAGAGAACAUAAUACAUUGUGAUCUUAAACCGGAAAACAUUCUGUUGAAGAGUCGUGGAAGUAGCUCCAUCAAGGUGAUAGACUUCGGUAGCUCCUGCUUUAGUCAUCAAAGGGUCUAUACCUACAUUCAAUCUAGAUUCUACAGGUCACCCGAAGUAAUCCUGGGUCUCCCCUAUGGUCCCCCGAUCGACAUGUGGAGCCUAGGCUGCAUCCUGGCCGAGCUCUACACUGGCUAUCCAUUAUUUCCGGGUGAAAACGAGGCUGAUCAGUUGGCAUGUAUCAUGGAAAUCUUCGGUCCGCCUCCACCUUCCGUCCUAGACGCUGCAUCACGACGGCGGCUCUUCUUUGAUUCGAAAGGUGUUCCUCGAACAUUAACGAAUAGUAAAGGAAAGAAGAGGAAACCGAGUUCCAAGACUCUCGGAGUGGUUUUAGGUUGCAGUGAUGAAGAUUUUGUCAACUUCCUCACUGGAUGUCUUAACUGGGAUCCCGAGAAGAGGAUGAAACCGGAAGAGAGCCAUCGACACCGGUGGUUGUCCGGUAACCGAGGUCCUGCACACAGCAGGAGGCCAUCUACAGCAUCUUCCAUAGUUUCCUCAAAGGAGGUGGGCAGAGAGAAACAACGGAAAAACAGCUCUCGUCAGAAUGGGGACGCUACCACUACCAACAAGAAGACACCUCCUCGCAAAAUGAGUACGAGUUCGUCGAUGCCAAAGGUGUACAAGGCGUGCAAGAAUAACGUCAGAUUGCGAGAUUCUUCUAGAAAAGAUUACAUUUACACAUCACUCAGCAGAACAUCAUCGGAAGAGUCGUUAUUACUGAAAAGGGGAGAGUUUAGUUCAGAAGAUCCUCGCCUGUACGAGCACAAAGACCCACUGGAAGACUCAGGGACUUUUCUGCCCCAGAUCUUGUGACAGCAACUAAUACUCGACGCCAUUCUCAGGAAUGUCCUCCAACAGGAAGAAGAAAAGGCUGCCGGUCCAAAAUAAAAAAAAAGAGAGUUUUUUGCAAUCAAAUUGUGAUUCAACCACCAUGUUUAGUGUUCCAACAUCAUAUAAUAUUCACUUAUUAUUUUCAAUUCAAAAGUAAGUUGUUGGUAUAGCUUAUUGUUUGUGAAGGAGGUUAAUCCCUUGCGAAAUAUUUGCAAUCAGUUUCACCAACAAAGUAGUAAAUAAUAAUAAUCUCAUUAAUUAAAUUUUUACACGAGAUAAAUUAUUAUUGUUUUACAAAUGAAUUGCACUAACAUUUCUGAAUUCUCCUAUAUAGUGCGGCUUUCAGGAGAACUCCUCCAGACACUCGUCUGGAAUAGUGGCGGUUGCUAUGGUUACUAGGAAAAGUCACUUCGAAUAGGGAUGUAGGGUGAAUAGUUAGUUUUGUCUUAAUUUUGGCAUAAGUCAGCGUGAGUAAACCAAUCGGCACCUUCUUUCCUCUAUUUUACUCUAAUUAGAGAUGUACUCUCACUUGUUACCAUAGUAGCAGACAGCCCCAGAUUUUUAGUCUGGAGCCUCAAAGCCGCACAGUGCUUUGCUUUGUUUUCAGGGUUCUAUUUAUACUUAAAAAUGUCUUUUAUUUUAUGAUUCAUAUU